AUGGGUAUGAAUGUUAACCCAGAUCAACAGAAGACUGACACUGUUACCAUAGAACAUGACGGUUCGCUGAGAUCUGAGAGAAGUCUUCCACCAAACCUGGAAUUGGAUGUUAUGUCAGAAAAAAUGAUGAAGAGGCUUAAAUUAUUGAUGGGACCUGAAGUGAAUUAUCCGGUAUACGUCUGUAGAAAUGGUGUCUUCGAAAAAUUGGUUUUAUCAAAUGAAUCGUACAUCGGCCAGGAACCUUCACAUUCUCGUAUAUACAUAAACCAAGAAACAGGCAAACCUGUGAUGGUGUCUCCAAGAAAAGACGGCAUUGAAGUCAUUGGAAGCAUUGGUGUAAAUGGAGAGCAAUUGAAUAUCAGACCUUCUGGUGAUGGAAAGGGGAGACAUCAUAUUACCAGUGCCGAUGUAUUAGAGUAUGGAAACGAUGUCCUCAUGCCAGGAAGCACCCACUUACCAACAAAUGAGGAACUUCUAAAUUUUGGUCGACGGUCGAAAAGACAAAUAACGACGUAUACUGCUGAAAUCUUAAUGGUGACCGAUUUUAGUGUCAAAGAAAAAUUUUUGACGAGAUCUUUUGGAAAUGAUGCUUUAGCCAAUGUUGAAAUUAUGAUCUAUUACUCAUUUAUUCUGUUGGGGAUGGCCGAGAGAUAUGAAACGCUGUCCGUUCAUGAACCGAUCACAGUUUUAUUAGAACCAGCCGGUAUAGUUAUUACGGAUACUGCUGCCGAUUCACCUUAUAAUUUAAAUAACAAUGUCAAUGGUUUUGUUGAUGCCAUACCGGGUAUUUUUGAAUUUACCGACUGGGUAGAACAAGAAACAAAUCAAAACAACCUUCCUAUCAAUGAUCAUGCUAUGUGGUUUACAGCUGAUGAUAUAGGUAUAGACAAUUCACCGAAUUUGGUGGGGCUGGCGUUUAUUGGUACAAUGUGUGAACGAAAUAGGACCUCAUUGGUUGAAAUUUUUUUUUCUGGAUUUGAUGAAUUAAUAGCUUCACAUGAACUUGCACACUCAUUUGGUAGUCUACAUGACGGUCAAGCGAGUGGAUGCUCUGAUUCCGAUGCUUUUAUAAUGUCAGCAUUUGCCAUGAGCCCAAAUGAUGAACGAAUAUCUAAUCCUUGGAUAUUUUCUGAAUGUACUGCUCGGUACAUCGCGUUUUAUGCUCAAAAUCAGGCCUGUUUGCUGACCGAUGACAAUCAAAAUCCCCCAGUAGCUGCAUCAAACAUAGCUGGACAAGUUAUUGUAGCUGAUGAACAAUGUCGAUUGUUCUUUGACUCAGGGGAUUCGUACUUCUGUCGGAAUGGACAUUUAAAUACAGACAAUUUUGCCAAUAUGUGUAUCCGCAUGUUAUGUUUCAACCCUGUCGCUGGCCAGUGUCAACCAAUUAUAGCAAAAGAACGAACAAGUUGUGGUAGCGGAAAGUGGUGCCUCCGUGGACUAUGUACAGAUGAUGUAUUAGCGCCACCUACGACAUCACCCUUAUGUCCACAAGGAGAUCGGACUGGUAUAACAUGUAAUCCAGCCGAUUGUCAAGUCUUUAGCUAUCCAGAGCUCAUAGAAUGUUGUGACGCUUGUGCUUCUUUCUUGACGAUGGUCAGUCAAAGCACAAGUCCGUUAACAAGCCCGGCAACCAGCCCGGCAACCAGCCCGACUACCAGCCCGACAACCAGUCCGACAACCAAUCCGACAACCAGUCCGACAACCAGUCCGACAACCAAUCCAAAUCCAGUGCAACAAUUUGUCUUUUUACCUUUAGGUCCAUGUCGCAUUACUGAUAUACUUUGUCAGAUAUGCAAAAGAAAUAUUUUCAUUUUAAGCCGAUAUCUGCAGUGUCGUCCGUAUGCAAUAAAUCCGCGAAGUCCAUUUCCUGCUUUUUAG